GAAGUUAGGGUGAACGUUUCCAUAAAAGGAGAUUGUGACCCCCGUCAGGUUCUUUCCACCUGGCUCAACUCCAGUCUACCCAGUGAUAUGAUGAUGGUGCUUGACCUUCAGCUGCUCCCGGGAGUUGCAAGACACCAUCCUAACCAGCAGUCAAACUCCUCGUCUGAUGGAGUGUUUCCAGAUGUUCACGGAGUUUCAAGAGAAAGCUGCAUUUUCCAGGUUCAGGUCAUGAUGUCGCUGUCAGACACACAGGAAAUGGAAGAGCAGAUACGACUCCUGCUGCUGACUCCCUAUAACAACGGAUCCGUCUCCAUAGCAACCGAGGACAUAGAGAUAAGCCGCAUACUGAUAUUUAAGUGCAAAGCAGAAACCCACCACACCAGGAAAGGUCUGUUUGUGUGGCCCGACAUUUCAGGAGGAAAAUAUGCAACUCAGCCGUGCCCGAAAAACCCUCUCAGCCAAGCCACACGCCAAUGUAAACUGUGCCUCAGUACCCGCUGGUUGGCCCCGGACCUGAAAGACUGUCAUCUGGUGGUGGAAACCAUCCCUGAUCUGGACCAUGUCGAAGUCACUGCUGACAAUGCACUUGACGUGGUGGAGAUGAUUGAGAGUCUACUGAGCAACCACCCCACACUCAACUACCAGGAGCUGGUCACAGUCCUCAACAAGCUGAAGGACGUCAUCAAGCUCAGCACGGUCACACCGACCCUCGGCCAAGCUCUGAUCAACAUCAUCUCUGACAUCCUGGAAUCUGACAGCAACCUGAUUCCUUUUACCAACACUAUCCUGAAUAUCACAGAGGCAGUGGGUGACUCCAUGGUGGGCUACGAGGGCUCCUCCACCCUGGUUGCUCCUGCCAUUGCUAUCUCAGUGGUGGAUGUAGUUCCUGGACAGUUUAGCAGUUUGACUUUCGGAGUGUCAUCAGACCUUGAAGGCACAAAGCCUGAGAUAUUCAUCAACAAGUAUCCCUUCAACGACACGGUGGCUUUCAUCUCCCUGCCAUCUGCCCUGCAGCACAGCUUCCCACAGGACAGCUCAAACCAGAGUCCAGCGAGAGUUAAGUUUCAGUUCUACGGCAUCCCAAUGCUCUUCAAGAGCAGCCAAGAGAAACACAUCCUCAACACGUUUGUAGUGUCAGCCAGUGUGACCAACGCCAGCUCUCCAAUCAAAGACCUGGACGAAGACGUCAAAGUCAUGCUCCACCAUCUUAAACCCAAUACUCUUAACGAGAAUGAAGAGUGUGUGUACUGGAACUUCAAUAAAAACAACAGACACGGAGGCUGGGAUAAUUACGGCUGCAGGAAAUACAACAGCAGCUCUAACUACACAACGUGCCUGUGUAAUCAUCUCACACACUUUGGAGUUCUUCUGGAUGUCUCCAGGACUCAGCUGGACCAGACUAAUGAGCAGAUCCUGACCAUUAUCACCUACGUUGGCUGUGGAGUCUCGUCGCUGUUCUUGGGAGUCACUGUUCUCACCUACACAGCUUUCGAAAAGCUUCGUCGGGACUACCCCUCUCAGAUCCUCAUCAACCUCUCCCUGGCGCUGCUGGGCUUGAACCUGGUGUUUCUGGUCAACUCCUGGCUGUCCUCCUGGAGGCUGUAUGGCCUCUGUGUGGCCGUUGCAUCCACGCUGCACUACUUCCUCCUGGCGUCAUUCACCUGGAUGGGAUUAGAGGCUGUUAACAUGUACUUUGCACUUGUCAAAGUCUUCAACGUCUAUGUGCCUUCUUAUAUCCUCAAGUUCUGUGCUCUAGGAUGGGGGAUUCCUCUGGUGAUCUGCAUCCUGGUGCUCAUCGUGGACAGAGAGGCCUAUGGCAGUGACAUCUACAGAGAUGUUGAGAAUAGUUUAGAGCCACUGGACAACUUCUGUUGGCUCCAGGACAAUGUGACAUAUUACGUGUCUGUGGUUGCCUACGCCGUGCUGGUCUUCCUCUUCAACAUUGCGGUUUUUGUGGUGGUCUUGAUCCAGAUUCGCCACAUGCGAGUCAACAGCCCGGCUGGGACCCGCAGCGGACUGAUGCAUGACCUGAAGGGAGUUGCCAGUCUCACCUUGUUACUAGGACUAACAUGGAUGGUUGGCUUCUUUACAUGGACGCCAGCCAGAGUAGUUCUGCUGUACCUUUUUGCUGCACUUAACACCUUUCAAGGACUUUUCAUUUUCAUCUUUCACUGUCUGAUGAAGGAAAACGUCAGGAAACAAUGGAGGAUUCAUCUCUGCUUUGGACGUUUCCGUCUUGAUGAGUAUUCAGAGUGGAGCAACUCGGCAUCCGUUGGAGUGAUGGCCAAACCCAAAUCAAAACCUCCGAGAGCACCAGUACCAUCGGUCCGCUCGGUCAAGUCGAGCUCCACAGAGAGCACAUCAGCCUCCUCUGACUCAAGCCAGAGAGACUCGUCCUGCAAGAGACCAAACCUGGGCCUUUUUGUGAAUUCCUUGGCUCUCCCUCGUGCCCAGAAAAGCCCCUCAGGUACAGGAGCUCUGCCUUCACAGAGGGGGACGAACCUUACACCUGGCUGGAGGAAUCACUUGCUUGUUCAGCAAGAGGAAAGAUAAAACACACAGGACCAUGCAUUUGCAUACAGACGCAUGAAGAUAUGCAAAUCACAGAAACAGUCAUGAAGUCUCCCAAAAUGAAACAGCAGCCUUAAAACCUAUUGUACUUCAAUACAAGCCACAGAGACAUGUAAUCAAUGCAGCGAACAGCCAUCACUAAAUGUGAAGCAUCAUUGUGUUCCAGCUUCAUUAGAUCACGUUAUCAUGAAUUCUAUUGUUUUUUGUUUUUGCUAAAUAUUGUAAAAGAGCCUGUAAUUAUGAAGACAUGAGUAGUUGCAUCAGUUCCAAGGAGGAGUUGGUUGCCAAGCAACUGGUGAGUGGAGCCAUGGUGACAAUGAACCAUGGUACCACACAGUUUGUAUGAGGAAAUAAUAAAAUUUGAAUUUUAAGAUGAUGCAAGCCUCCCAGUGCUCCUUCUUCACCUCUGUUUGUGCCAGGAAACAUGUGUUUCUACGAUCUUUUCUUAAUCGCUUCAUGACAUGGUUACCACGCCACCUCUGAAUGUGACUGCUACUGUAAAUUCUCACACCUUUGUUGUGAUAAACAUGUGACGGUCCAUAAUAUCAAUAUGUCAAUGUGUUUAAAUACACCAUUGGCACUGAUUGGAGGUGAUCGGUAGCAACAUAGAGAGAUAGCUGAAUCCAUGCUGCAUGAAUUUCUCCCCAUAGAGUUUGACAGGUAUUAUUUAUGUUCAUUUUUUUUGCUGGUGUUUCUGACUGUAUCACCUGAACACCUGCACAUUGUAAUGUAAAUGAAAAGGCUGCCAACACUUUCUAAAUCUGUGAGAUUUGACAAAACUUUUCCAUUUUUAUUUAUAGACAAGCAGAGAGGUGUUAAAAUCAUAGUCUGCGGUUUGUAGAAUUUUAGAUUAACCCACAAUAUAUUCAGCAAAAUAGGUAAAACCAUACAAUAGUCCUACAAAAUGCUGGGUCCUGUCAAAUGACCACAGAUACCAAGAAAAUAUAAGAAGGAAAGCUGAAAUUUAUGACUGAAAAAACAUGUGAAUCAUUUAAAUUCUAUUAACUAUUUUUAAUUUUAUA